UUAUGGAAGUCGCGAGGGAUUAUUAUCCGAAUUUGGCAGAAUUGGCCAUAUAUUAAUACGGAUUGUACGUGCUUAAAGAAUUGGCCGUCUAUCCUUGCGUGUAUUUCUAAGAUCCAACCAACUAAUUAGAUAGGUUUUGUCAAAUCCUUUAAUCUAAAACUAAAUUAAUUAAGUUCUUCAGCUUAUAAAUUUUUAAGGAUAUUUUGGGAGACAAUGAAUAGAUUAUUUUUCAAAGACUGAUAUAAGUAGACAUUCAUUUUUCAAUUCUGAAAAAUAGGAUGGAUGAAAAACAUUGAAAUGCACUAUUAAUUUGUUUGUUUCUUUUAUAUAUUUUGAGUGACUUAAUUACCUUAAAUUCAUGUAGAUAUCAUAACACUCUUUCGCGGUAACAUAUAUAGUAAGAAACUCUAUCCAGUGAACGACAAAUCCUAACUUCGCCCAUGAUUCUGUUAAACAUAGUUCAGUUAACAAUGUUAUAAAGGAAAUGACAUGCAGUAACAACCCGAUCUAAUUAAAAUUCAAAUAAGUUUGCAUUACAUCGUAUGAUCGUCAAUUUCACGUCAAUUGAUUAAAACUGAAAAAAAUAAUCCAACAACUAGUAUUUAGCUAGGCAGGCUUGGUCCAAGUUGAAACCCACAUAUCAUUUCUUCACCAAUCAUCUAUAUAUAUAAUAUCACCCACAUACAUGAUCACCUAUCUCUAAUUAGUUAUGUGAUAUUGUUACAUGAUGCUCGCCAUGAUCCAGAGUACUCGUUAGGAUUACGACUUACGAAUAAACAUAAUGAAAACUCUUACUCAUAACUAAUGUAUAUUUCGUUGUUGUUUUGGUUUGACUCGACUCCAACCCCAAAUCGAUUAUUUCUCAUACACCAUCUCUUUGUCCUUGUAUCCUUGGCCUUCUUCACCUCAUAUAUCACAUCAGCACAAAAAUGUACACUUGCUUUUGAUCUCCUUCGACUUGUGAACUCAAUUGUCCAUGGAUCUUUCUUUUUUAUGUGAAAUUGUAUUGUCAAGCUCUUGAUGCUCUCCCAAAGCUUUCUUUUGUUACACGUAACUAGUGGAUCUAAUAAUAUGCGGAAUAUAUCUCUACUACUUUCACAUCAAAUAAUCACACUAUUAAGUAAGCCCUAGAGCUCUAGAGUGAGAGAGAAGAAAAAAAAAGGAAUUUAGAGUAAGAAGCAUUAAAGCAACAAUGGAAUUAUGGAAUGCUGAAGAGGAACCCACUUAGGUUACUGGGUGGCAAUGCAAAGGGGCGAAAGUGGGUUGGAAUAAAGACAUCAUUUUAGCCCAUAAAAAAUGAGAGAGGGAGUGUGGUUUCCACACGAAUACCACCAUCCUCUUCAUUAUUCAAAUACUGCCUCCCAAGAAAAUCUUUUUGUUUAUUCAUGGAUCAGUAGUGACCAAGAAAAUGGACUGGCCAGCCAAUCGUGGACAUUUUUCUCUCUUACUUAAUCUUUGUCCAAAUAAUAAUAAAAAAAAGUUAGUAGUGGAUAAAUCAUUUGGAAGGAAUGUUAAAUUUGAAAAGACGGGUUCGACCAAAUUUUUAGGGCGCUUGUUUAGAGAGGGUCAGUUAAAACCGGACCGUGGUGACCCGUCGAAAGGUGGAUGUUGGAUGGAGAGAUCAACACCGUAGGAGGAGUGCGUUACAAUCAAGUUCGAUGGACCGUUUAUUUCGUCUUUCCUUAUCGUGAUGAGUUGUGCAUCCGGAGGGGGUUAGUGCGAGAUUCGCAGGGUUACUUUGUUGGGUGCCUAUGUCAUGAACUUAAGAAGAUGUGUUCCAUUACCAGAGUCGAACUGAGAGCGCGAGGCAUCACUGACAGACUUGAGAUCGCGCUUAUUGGCCCCUCGGACAUCGAAAGGUGUGAAAGCGCCGCUUGCCUCUUUUGUUGCGCGGGGUGGCCUUCCUACGGAGUUUGUGGAGGAAAAAUGUCAUGAUGCUCGACAGGGAUUGUCUUCGUUGCUCCUUCAAUUCCUUUACUCUUCCCUCAAUUCAGUUUCCACUUCUUCAUCUGCUAGUGCUACUCACCCCUUUCUCUGCCGUUUUGAGAGUUUUUCAGGCGCUCCCAUCCAAUCUAAAGCAAAGCUAAAUGACUAGGUUUUAUUAAUGGCUACGUACUAACAUGUGCACUUGCCAUAAAUUUUCUUUCUAGUGGAGCACCGUAUUUAAUUAAAGCCAUUUGCUUUUGGCCCGUCACCAUUAUUUCGGAUUAUCACCCAAUUGCCCAAAGAACUAGCUUUUGGGAAAAAAGGGUGACUUUAUUUUUGGGAUUGGGUUCAAUUUGUUGAAUGUUGACUGCUGCUUGGUUUCUUCCUUUUCAUUCGGUUGUUCCCUCUCCACUUUUUCCCCGGUUUCUGGUUCCAAAUUUCUUGUUGGAUGCCGUUUAAGAUGAAAGAAGUUGCAACUUUGUGAGAAUGGAGCUAGCAAUUCAAGUGAAGUGAACUACAGCGAAGACAGACGUGUGUGGCCACUUUGAUUUCAGCUAUCAGCCAUCGUCCAUCAACACUAAUCUCGGAACACAAUAUCUAUAAGUUUGUCGGAUAGAGAAAUUGGGCACGGUGAGAAGAUCAACAAUGAAACAUUGACGAAAAUGCAAUAUUGGUGACUGAUGCAAAGUAUUCACAACAACAACAAAAAACAAUGACUUGUGUCGGUGCUGUAGUGUCGGCUAGGUAUAAACCCGAUACCAAACGUAGGUUUUGACUAUUUCUGUGAUUAUGUACUGCUUUCAGAAGAUGGUAAAGCAGGAGGUGUAGUAGUCCUGUUGGAAGCAGUGAAUGUACGUCAACUCGGCCUGAUUCGGCUCGACGACUAUGAGUUUGUGAUGAUAUACAGACUCAAAAGCCAAGCAAGCUCCUAUUUUGGAGAGAUUUGUAAUUAAGAGAAUGGAAUCAAAUUAGUUCUCCAAGAAUUCAAGCUUUUUUUUUUCUUUUUCUGCAAGGAAGAUAAAAAAUCGUUCGUGAUAUGGCGCACAAAGAAGAGAUAAGAGGGAAAAGUAGGUACAUGCAAGGAAGAUGGUAUGAUAUUUGGGUAAUUCGUAUAAUUGUUAUCCUGUCCAAAACUGGAACCAAAUAAGAACAAAAUUAUAAGGUGUCAUUUCGUGUCUGCCAAUUGGUAUUGCUCUUUCCCUUCAGGCUACAGAUAGUACAGUUCUAGGAGGGGUUCGUUUUUGGAUUCCAUUAUAUUCCCAUAAUAUGCAAAUUCUGUAAUCAUGCUCUUCUUUAGAAUAUACAUUUUGUUGAGGACUACUGUCUCCAUAUGCUUUUGUCUGCCUUGUCUUGGCAUUGCUGGAUUGCACAAAAAGGAAGGAAUGAAAAAAUCGUAUCGUACCGGCGAUUCGAUCGGAAAAAAAUUUAUAUUGGGUUUUAAAUUGGUAGUAUUUAGUGGUAUGAAAUGAUUCAAUAAAACCGGUUAAACCAAUAUUUCAGCAUAAAACACUUUACCGUUGACUUUUCCGAUACAAACCGCUGAUACGAUUUUACUAUUUCAGCAGUUAAAUCUCACUUGCACUUACAAGAAGGAAUGAGCAUUUGUGUUUUGCGACAUAUAUAACUCCGAAAUUCAUGAGGAAAAGUGCUUCACAACUCACAAGCUAUAUUUAAGCGAAUAAUAAAGGUAGGAUUCUUGGAACUUACUCAAGUUAGAAGUAGUUGAUUAUGAACAAGAGUUUAAUCUAUUAGUAAUAGCACUAGUUUUGAAUCUGGAGAUCUCAGGUUUAAAUUUCUUAAGUAAUACUUAAUAAAAAAAUAAACCUAUAUCACUCUUAUCUAUAAAAAAAAGUUAGAAGUAUUUGAUUAAAAGAACUCUAAAGAGGCGAUACUGAGUGAUGUUGAAUUAAUCCUAAAUGAUGUUUGAGCUAAUGGUAAAUAAAUUAGGAUUAAGUGG